AUGCAACGAAGUCUGGUCCGCCUGGCGGAAAACGUCUCUGCAAAGCCUCUGAACCUGCGCGUGGCAAGCGCGACACUUCUCCCACCACUUCCGUUAUACCGAAGCCUGCUUCGUGCACACAAACGACUCCCAUACGAGAUGCGAUCGCUAGGGGAUGACUACGUCAAGGCGGAGUUUCGAAGACACAAGGAUGUUACGAACCCCGUGUACGUCAUGGGCUUCCUCUCGCAGUGGAAGAUGUACCUCGACCAGCUACCGGAAGACCCGCAGGCAAAGAACUUCAAGAGGAUGGACGCUACUGUGUUUGAGAAGAUGUCGCCGGAGCAGCUUGGUCAGUUGUACGAGCUCAUGCACGCUACGAAGAAGGUCUGGAAGACGCCAGAGCAGCAGGAACAGGAGGCGAAGUCAUAG